AUGGUAAAUGUGAAGCAGAAUCAGAUAAGUUUACGAUUACGGAGACAGCCCAAAUAUCCUAGGAAGAGUGCUCCUCGGAGGAACAAGCUCGACCACUAUGCCAUUAUCAAGUUCCCUCUGACCACAGAGUCAGCCAUGAAGAAGAUAGAGGAUAACAACACCCUGGUCUUCAUAGUAGAUGUCAAGGCCAACAAACAUCAGAUCAAGCAGGCUGUCAAGAAACUGUAUGAUAUUGACGUGGCCAAGGUCAACACAUUGAUCCGGCCCGAUGGUGAGAAGAAGGCUUACGUCCGUCUUGCUCCAGACUAUGAUGCAUUGGAUGUAGCCAACAAGAUUGGAAUAAUCUAAAGGGCAUCCACCAAGAGCUGGGCGGAUGAGAUAAUAAACUUUGUACAACCAAAAAAAAAAAAAAAAAAAAAA